ACACUCACAAAGAAGCAUUAAUUUCCUUGAUCACCCACUUCUACUUCACAAGAGAUAGGAAAAUGGGUGCUUCUCUUUUUACAAAAUCAUCAUUUCUCGGAGCUUGUCUCUUCUCAUUCUUCACUUUCUGUCUCCUUCUUGAUCCUGCCCUUUGCAUAACCAGGCACUACAAGUUUCAUAUCAAGUUGAAAAAUGUGACUCGGCUGUGCCACACCAAGAGCUUAGUCACUGUAAAUGGGAAGUUUCCUGGACCUCGCAUUACAGCUAGGGAAGGUGACCAGCUUCUUAUAAAAGUGGUGAACCAUGUUCAAAACAACAUCUCCCUUCAUUGGCAUGGGAUUAGGCAGCUUCAAAGUGGGUGGGCUGAUGGACCAGCUUACAUAACUCAAUGCCCCAUUCAAACUGCCCAGACCUAUGUUUACAAUUAUACAAUUAUUGGGCAAAGAGGCACUCUUUGGUGGCACGCCCAUGUCUCCUGGCUAAGAUCAACUCUUUAUGGUCCUAUUAUCAUUCUCCCCAAGAUUGGUGUUCCUUACCCAUUUGCUAAGCCUUACAAGGAAGUCCCCAUCAUCUUUGGAGAAUGGUUUAAUGCAGAUACUGAAGCAAUCAUUAACCAAGCCUUACAAACAGGUGGAGGUCCAAAUGUCUCUGAGGCCUACACCAUCAAUGGGCUUCCAGGGCCAUUAUACAACUGCUCUGCCAAAGAUACAUUUAAGCUGAAGGUGAAGCCUGGCAAGACUUACAUGCUCCGGCUAAUUAACGCAGCUCUCAACGACGAGCUCUUCUUCAGUAUAGCGAACCACACACUCACAGUCGUCGAAGUCGAUGCUGUCUAUGUUAAACCUUUUGAAACUGAGACAGUAUUGAUUACACCAGGACAAACUACUAAUGUUCUUCUUAAGACCAAACCCAAUUUCCCUAAUGCCACAUUUUUCAUGACUGCUAGACCUUAUGUGACAGGCCUAGGAACUUUUGACAAUUCAACUGUGGCAGGCAUUUUACAAUAUGAAGCAUCACUCAGUCUUUCUAUCAAACACCUUCCGCUCUUUAAACCAGCACUGCCUCCUCUCAAUGACACUGCCUAUGCAACAAACUUCACAAACAAACUUCGUAGCUUGGCAAGUGCAAAUUUCCCAGCCAAUGUGCCUCAAAAGGUUGACAAGCAAUUUUUCUUCACAGUAGGCCUAGGGACAAAUCCUUGCCCACAAAACCAAACCUGCCAAGGACCAAAUGGGACCAUGUUUGCUGCCUCAGUUAACAAUGUAUCCUUUGAAAUGCCAACCACAGCUCUUCUCCAAUCACACUUUUUCAGCCAAUCACAGGGAGUUUAUACUUCUGAUUUCCCAGUUAUUCCAAUAAUACGCUUUAACUACACUGGUAAUCCACCUAAUAAUACUAUGGUCAGCAAUGGGACUAAGGUGGUGGUUCUUAAUUUUAACACAAGUGUGGAGCUAAUUAUGCAGGACACUAGCAUUCUUGGUGCAGAGAGUCACCCUCUUCACUUGCAUGGAUUCAAUUUCUACGUUGUUGGUCAAGGUUUUGGGAAUUUUGAUAGAAAUAAAGACCCUGCAAAAUUCAAUCUUGUUGAUCCUGUUGAGAGGAACACUGUGGGUGUUCCCUCUGGUGGGUGGGUUGCCAUCAGAUUCCUUGCAGACAACCCAGGGGUAUGGUUCAUGCAUUGCCAUCUAGAAGUACACACAAGCUGGGGAUUGAAGAUGGCUUGGGUUGUGUUGGAUGGAAAGCUUCCCAAUCAGAAGUUGCUUCCUCCACCUGCUGAUCUUCCCAAGUGUUGACAUUUGAACUACCUAUGAUUUUUCCCCAUUUGAUUUUUGUAACCUAGUUUUAUUAAUUUGUUCUUUUUUCUUUGUUCCUUCAUUUAUUAUUUUUUCAUCAAACAAAUUAUUUUUCAAUAACUAUUUAACUACCCACGUGGAGUUGAGGAAAGGGAAGGAUUGACAAAUUUGUGUGACAUCUUUUGGUCAUUGUGGCAUAUAUUAAAAUUUUUUAUAUCACUGCAAUAUUAUUUUAUAAAA